UUAGUGUUUAUAUAUUUAUUAAAUGGAAAUUAAACAAUUUUGAUUAAAAAACAAGAUUUUAUUGUUAUAAAAUGUCAACAAUAGUACAGUAUAUAAUUGUGCGCAGUGACUUACGAACUGCUCUAAAUUGGCCUAUAGGUGCUGUAAUUGCUCAAUGCUGCCACGCUGCAACUGCUGUGAUAAAUCUCAACUCAGAUGAUGAAGAAACAGUUUGUUAUUUAAAAGACAUGGAUAACAUGCAUAAAGUUGUUCUUGAGGCUAAAGAUGAAGGCGCACUAGUUAAAUUAGCAGAUAAACUUAAGGAGAAUAACGUAAAGCAUAAAAUGUGGAUUGAACAGCCGGAAAAUAUUCCAACAUGUAUAGCAAUUAAACCGUAUGUCAAGGAUAAUGUGCAUAAAUAUGUAAAGCAUUUAAAACUUCUGAAAGAAUAAAAUUGAGUUUUAAGUAAUCUUUUUAAUAAGAAAAUGAUGAGAAACAACGGUUAGAAAAUUCGUCUAAUAUUGAUCAGAACUACUAGCGAACAUCUCUGGUUAAUAUAUGGUGUUAAACUGCUGCCGUGGCUAAAGCAUAUUCAACAUCUUAUUUAUAUAUUUAUAUUACUAUAUACUGCGUCCUGAUUGUAGCAUAAACCCUCAUAAUA